AUGGCUCCGUCUGCCGUUGUUAGCGACACCGAGUCCAUCGAGGCCCGCGCUGCCGCCAUCGUCCCCAAAGAGGUGUCGCACGCCAAGCAUGGCCAUGAGCUCGCCAACAAGACGCCUUUGCAGGCCAUGUCCCAUGGCGAUGUCGCUCUCGCCGGUAUCCCAAAGUUCCCUGACUUCGCCUCCAAGCGUCAAUGGCAACUCGAGCACAUGGCCGCCGCAUUCCGCCACUGGUAUCGCGAGGACUACAUCGAGGGCAUGAGCGGCCACAUCUCCGUCAGGGACCCCGAGCACCACGACGCCUUCUGGACAAACCCUCUCGGCAAGCACUUUGGUCUGCUCAAGGCCAGCGAUAUGAUUCUCGUCGACCUCGACGGCGAGGUUAUCGGCGGCAACCGCACCAAGCCUCCCAAUACGGCUGGCUUCUUGAUCCACGCUGCCGUGCACAAGGCCCGCCCUGAUGUUCACGCCGUCUGCCACAACCACAGCAUCCACGGCAAGGCCUGGUCAGUCUUUGGCCGCAGGCUUGAGAUGUUGACCCAGGACUCCUGCAAGUUCCGUGGCGAUGCUCACAGCGUCUACAACAGCUACGGCGGUGUCGUUCUGGGUCCUGAGGAGGGUGAGCUGAUUGCCGAAGCCUUGGGUCCCAAGGGCAAGGGCUGCAUUCUGCGAAACCACGGACUGUUGACGGUUGGUCGUACCGUUGACGAGGCCGCGUUUUUGUACACUUCCAUGGAGCGCAGCUGUCGCGUGCAGCUCCUGGCCGAGGCGGCCGCCGCCAACGGCUUGGCAAAGGUUCCCAUCACGGAUGAGGAGGCGCAGUUCAACUUUGACGUUGAGAGCGACCCGGAGAUUUGCUACUGCGAGUUCCAAGUUUACUACGACCUGGAGGAUGAGUUGACAAAGGGCGACUUUAAGAACUAA